AUGGGGCCCCGCUCAGCGCCGCGCCCCGCGCCGCCCCCCACCCAUCCCGCGCCGCCGCCGCCGCCGCCGCCGCCGCCGCCCGGGCCCGAGCCGGGGGGCGGCUGGGGCGGGGGUCCCGGGGGCCGCCCGGGGCCGGGAGGGGGUGGGCGGGGGCCGGGCUCCGGGGCGGCGCUGACGGCCCGACGGCAGGAGCGGGUGGCGGAGCUGGAGCGGGAGAUCGGCGAGGCGGAGCAGGAGAUGGCGCGGUGCCUGCGCGAGUACCCGGCGCUGCUGCGGCUCCGGAUGGCGCUGGACGCGGAGAUCGCCGCGUACCGGGAGAUGCUGGAGGGGGAAGAGCUGCGCCUGGGCUCCGUGGCCCCGCCGUGACGCGACCCCCGGCCCCCGGCUCCCCGCGCUGCGGGACCCCGGACUGCCGGGCCCCGCCGGACCCCCAGGGCCCGGACCGCUGCGCUGUGGGGUCCCCCGAGCUCCCGCUGCCCCGUGUCUCGGGACAACCCCCGGAUUCCCAAGCCGUGGGACCCCCGGACUCCUGGAACCCCCGUCCUUUGGACCCCCUCGCUACGGGACUCCAUGGACUCUGCGGACCCCUGGGCACCUGGGCUGCCCAGACCCCCACCCCAGGAGGCCCCAGCAUCCCAGGAGGGCAGCGCCCGCCGGGCCGCCCACUCUCACCAGCCUCUCCAGAGCAGCAGCAGGGCUGGGGUCCUGGCCCCGGCCCGCGUGGAAGCACCUCAAUAAAGGCCCCGUGGCAUUACCCAGU